AUGUCGAGACUGCUGACGCAAGCUUUGGCGCUUCUCCAGGUGCCACUGGGAUAUCACAAUCAGGACACCGCUUAUGGUGAAUCUCGAGCAAUCACUACCAGAGCUCAGAAUUCUCCUGUGGCGUCCGAGGUCCUUCCACCAAAACCCAGUACGCAGUGGCAGAAUGAUCGGUACGAUCCUUACAUAUGCGAGUCCAAUGGAGAGAAUGGAUGCUGGUUCCCUUCUGUCGUGGAAGAAGGUCCUCCAUACAUGGGCGUCGAGAGCUGGCCUGCACGCUCAAAAGAAUGUGUGAUCCCAGCAGGCGGCGACCCAGACGGCGACGACUCUCCUGCCAUUCUUGACGCGUUCUAUGAGUGCCGUGAAGAUGGCCACAUUGUCUUCCAAGAAACCACCUACUACAUCAGCAAAAUCAUGAACACAACCGGCCUUCGUGAUGUCGAUGUGGAGAUUCGAGGAACUCUCCUCUGGGAUAAGAACAUCGACUACUGGCUCGCAAACUCCAUGCCCAUCGGCUUUCAAAACCAGACAGCAGCAUGGCACAUCGGUGGAGAGAAYCUUCACAUCUAUGGUCACGGCCGCGGCGAACUCAACGGUAACGGCCAAGUCUGGUACGAUUUCGCCAAAGGCGUCAGCAAUAUCCACGGCCGCCCUCACGCUCUUCUCAUCACAAACACCAAGAAUAGCGUCGUUGAAGGUCUCCGCUUUGUCCAAUCCCAAAUGUGGACCAUGACCAUUGCCCGUUCCGAGAAAGUUCUUCUCCAAGACAUUUACAUCUCCAGCACAAGCACAAACCCAGAUGUUCGCAGCAAUGUCAACACCGACGGCGCUGAUACCGUUUACGCCAACAACAUCACCUUCCUUCGCUGGGACGUCACCAAUGGCGACGACAGUAUCAGCAUGAAGCAAAACAGCACAAACAUCUACAUCGCCAACUGCACCUUCCACGCUGGAUCUGGACUCGCCAUGGGCAGUAUCGGACAGUAUCCAGGCCAAAUCGAAGUGAUUGAGAAUGUCACAGCCGUGGAUAUCAAGUUUGUUCGUACUGGUCGUGCCGGCUGGAUCAAGUCGUGGGUCGGUGAGAACAGAGGUUACCCACCGAAUGGAGGUGGUGGCGGAGUUGGUUGGGCGAAGAACAUCACUUUCAGGGACUUUGACCUCGAUCAUGUUGCGAUGGCAUGGUUGAUUACGCAGUGCACGUUCUACGAUGGACCCGAGAAUGCCAAUGCGCCUGUUUUGGAGAAGUCCACCUCGCCGAAUUGUAGCAGUUCGAGGUUUCAGAUCUCGGAUCUCAACUGGGGAGACACUCGAGGCACACUAAACGGCAAUCGUGUCGCUGCUUUAUCCUGCUCUGGAGCAGCUCCUUGUACUGGUGUCAAUAUCUUCAACAACCAACUCACGGCUGCGGAUAGCGGGAACCCCAGCGAGGAGUACUUGUGUGAUGCGGUGCAGGAUCCUUCUGGGUUUGAGUGUACUAGGCCUUGUAAUGGAGAUUGUCCGAGAUCUUGA